AUGAAGCUUCGGGCCAAGGACACGACUGUUCAAGAGAGUGCUGUCAGAAUCACAAGAAAUGCUCCCCGAAGGCGCAAAUGGGAACCCGACGAAGAAAUAGCCGGAAUUGAAACUGCUCCACCUGCAUUGAAGAGGACCAAGAUACAAGAAAACGCUGUCACCGAGACAACGCUGCACAUCGUGAAAGAAGACUUAGAGCUUGAGGGUAUACAUGCGACCGUGAACGGUGGCAGCAAGAAGCAGACACAGAAGAGCAAGCAAGUGGGCAGAAAACAAGUCGUUACUGCAACGGUGCACGACGUUGGAGCACAGGAUACCAAACAAGAAGCAGAGGAGGAAGUCUUGAAUUAUAACAACGACAGGACACCCACCGAGAGCCGGAAAGCGAAGCAACCCUCGACGAAAGUCAGACGAACCAAGAAGGAGCAGACUGACGCCGGAGAAGAGGAAGAGAGAGAAGUAGAUGGCGAUAGCCCUAAAAAGCGCAAGCGCAAGGCCAAAGACAUCGCAAAGAUCAAGGAAGUCAAAGAGCAGGACACAGACAUUGAAGACGAAGCAAAAGUCCUCAACGGCGACACCCCGCAAAAACCCAAGCGCAAGCGUAAAACCAAAGAAGAGAAAGAAGCCGAAGCCAUGCCCCUCGCGGCCCGAACAGCCGGCCUACGCAUGUACAUUGGCGCCCACGUCUCCAUUGCCAAAGGCCUUCAGAAUUCCGUCACAAACUGCCAGCAUGUGGGCGGCAAUGCCUUCGCUCUGUUCUUAAAGUCUCAACGAAAAUGGGAAAACCCACCCCUGACCGACGAAAGCACUGAAGCCUUUCGCUCGCACUGUCAAACCUACAAAUACGAUGCCUCCUCGCACAUCCUGCCGCACGGCUCCUACCUCGUCAACCUCGCGCAAGAAGACCCAGAAAGAGCCGCCCAAGCCUACUCGGCAUUCAUCGACGACCUGCACCGCUGUGAAAGGCUCGGCAUCAAACUCUACAAUUUCCACCCCGGGGCAUCCAGCUCCUCUCCGCUCCCCGACGCCAUAAAAAGAAUCGCCAACCAGCUUAACACCGCCCUCGCCUCUACCAAGACUGUAAUACCACUCCUAGAAAACAUGGCUGGCUCUGGCACGGUGAUUGGGUCACGUUUCUCCGACCUCCGCGAUAUCAUAUCACACAUCAAACCGGAGUUCAAAUCGCGGAUUGGUGUGUGUAUCGAUACGUGCCAUGCCUUCGCAGCCGGUCAUGACCUCCGCAGCCCGGAGUCGUUUAAACAAGUUCUGAAGGACUUUGACGAAGUGGUCGGGAUUCAAUACCUCAAAGCUCUUCACCUCAACGAUUCCAAAGCCCCGCUGGGCAGUAAGAAGGAUCUGCACCAGAACAUCGGGCUCGGCUUCCUGGGCUUAAGGGCAUUCCAUAACGUGAUGAACGAGCCGCGGUUCGAGAAUCUGCCGUUGAUCCUGGAGACGCCGUGUGAGAAGCCGGAUCCAGAUGAUCCUACGGGGAAGAAGACGGUGGAAGAUAAGGGGAUCUGGGCUAGGGAGAUUAAGUUGUUGGAGGGGUUGAUUGGGAUGGAUCUUGAUGGAGAAGAGUUCGGGAGGUUGGAAAAGGAGUUGAGUGAGAAGGGGAGGGAGGAGAGGGAGAAGAUGCUGAAGAGUAUCGAGGCGAGGGAGGAGAAGGCAAGGAAGAAAUUGGAGAAGGGGCAGAAGACUCUGGUGGAUAUGAUGACUGGCGUUGGGAAGGGGAGGGGCCAGGGGAAGGCCAAGAGAAAGAGGGAGAAGGAGAAGGUAGAGCAUGAGAGUAGUGGAGAGGAGAGUGAAGCUGAUCUUGACUGA